AUGUCUUCCACAGAACAUUCCUCCGUUCCCACGUGGACAGAAGGAGAUUUCGAACACCCGAACCAGGAAUUCCGCCGGUCGAUGAUUAUUGCAUUGGUGUUUGCUUACACCUUGUCGACCUUUUCUGUUGCCUUGAGGAUCUUGGCGAGGAAGAUGACCGGGAGCAGGCUCUUCAUGGACGAUUACUUGAUUAUGAUGGCUCUGUUCUUCAAAUAUGCAUGCUCUAGUGGAGUCGUUGUUCUCUUGUACAAUGGAAUGGGGUCCCACGUCACAAUGAUCCCAGCAAAGAAUCUCUUGGUUUACUUUAAGCUUGGAUUUGCCAACGCCUUUAUCUACACCGGCUGCAUUGCCUUCAUUAAAUACUCCAUUCUCGCCCUAUACAAGCGACUGUUUGCAGUCCGACAGAUGGCAAUUGCAGUGAACGUGAUGUUUGGAUUCGUCACUCUCUGGGUUGUAGGUGUUUACGUCGCCGGCGCUCUUCUGUGCAUUCCCGUCAGCAAGUUCUGGGACCCGUCAAUUCCAGGAGCCUGCCUUGACCCAGCCAAAUUCUACUAUGGCAUGCAGAUCCCCAACAUCCUCACCGACGUUAUCCUCUUAAUGAUGCCCAUGGGAGUUGUGUGGAAUUUACCGAUCCCCAAGACCCAGAAAAUGCUUCUUUCUGGAGUAUUCCUCGUCGGCGGCCUAACCUUGGUCUUCAGUAUCUUCCGCCUCAAUGCCAUGAUUAAUCUGGUUAACAUGGGCCCUGAUAUUACCUACAACCAAGUCCCCGUCAUCGUGUGGACCUGUAUGGAAGCAGCAGUCGGAAUCACAGCUGCCUGUCUCCCUAACCUCCGCCCUCUGUUCAAGUUGGGUAAUCGCAACUUCUGGUCUCAAAUUCGCUCCAAGAACAAUGUAUCCGAGAUGUCUGAUAGGACUCUUGUGAGCUCAAGCAAUCCGGGAACCAUAACCACCACCAUCACUUCCUGUCACAAGAAAAAUGACUCGUUUGUGAUUCAGCAACGUAUUGACGAGUCUCCGUACCAAAACUACAAAGAUGAAAAGGCGAUGGAGAGAGUCUAG